AAAAAAAAAAUAAUAAUAAAUAAAUAAAAGGACUCUCCACCGCUUUUCAUCUUCUCUCUCUCUCUCUAUCUCUCCGCUAACCUUUUCAUAGCCUACUUCUCACGCAGUUUCUCUCUGUCUCUCUGUCUCUCUCCCCUCCGAUUCUCGACCUGCAGCUUCUUCUUUGUUCUCUAAUGGCUACCACCACAACACCCAAGCCCAAUGACACCAACACCUCUGUAGAUAACCCUAAGAAAACCACCCUGGACCCAGUGUCCCCGCCACCCACCGCCAACCCGGAUCUUCCUCAAGACCCGAACGCCGAUGGUUCCACGGCUCCGCCUGAGAGUUCCGUUACCAAUAAUGGGUCCGCAAAGGAAUCUGAGGAUUCGAAGACCACGCCGACCGUUGAGGAAGCUGUUGCAGAGAAUAGUGCCGCCACUGAUCCGAUUUCCGAUAUCCAGAAGAAGAUCCGCCGAGCUGAACGGUUUGGGAUAUCUGUUCAGCUUACCGAAGAAGAGAAGCGAAACUCCCGUGCUGAAAGGUUUGGAACUGUAUCUACAGUGGGCGGAUCAGAUGUAUCGAAGAAGUCGGAGGACCUGAAGAGAAAGGCUCGAGCAGAGAGGUUUGGGAUUCCUGCUAGUGCUAAACCCGUGGCGUCUGAUGAGGAUGUAAAGAAAAAAGCCAGGCUUGCCAGAUUUGCAUCAGUUUCUAAAACUGACCCAUUAGAAGAAGAAAAGCGGAAAGCAAGGGCAAUCAGGUUUUUGAACACCCAGUCAGGUACUUUAUCUGAGGUGAAUGGCGAGGGGAAUAUUGCACCGAAUGCAGCUAUUGCAGGCAAUACGGGAGGAGGGCCUUGAACUGAAGGGCUCUUCCUUAGUAGUAAGGUCUAGUAGUCUUAACAGUUUGCAAUUCCCUCUUGAGUUUUUCCUACCCGUGUCUACUGUCCCGUUAUAUGGAUUCUUAUUAGCAGCAACAAUACAUUGCCUUCCUACAAGUCAUUGAACAAGAUCUUGUUAGCACAAAGGAGCUUUCUCUCAUGUCGGAUUUGGCUUAAUGCGAUAUUUACCCAGUGAGGCCUAGAAUAAUCAACAACUACUGACCACCUUGCAUUUAGGAAUUUACUAAGAAUAUCAGAAAUUAAGAGUAGUGGUUAUUUUUCUUUUGACAACUUUACCUCUUUCUUUGCCCAUUUGCACGUAUUUAUCAUUUUGCAGCAUUUUCAUAAAUGGUUGUGGAUACACAAGUUCAUGAUGCAGUGUUGAGCAGCAGUGCUAAGUUGGAUUUGUAAGUGAACACCAUCUGUUGGUACAACUGUUACGUCUCUAAAUGCGCUAUAUUUAUUAAUUAGGAGUUGUGAGUUGCUUUUAUGAAGACAUUAUUCAAUUUUAGAAGAGAGCUGGAACCAUAGGUUCUUCGUUCAGAAUGAGCCUUCUUCUGGUUGAGUUAGAUUUUAGAUUUUUGAUAUUUUUAGUUUUGCAAUUUAGGAAAUAGGUGGUCAGCUAUUUUUAUUUUCCAUGGUGUAGGAAGUAAGAAUGAUGGUGCAGUCACUAGCCUAACUAAAGCUUUCCCCCUCCCUGUCCAACCUUGAAGAAAAAUAAAUAAAAAAAAAAAAAAAAAAAAAAGAGAAUCAAGAAACAUGCUCUAUUCCCUCUUAGGGUAGAAACAUUGAUAAUUAUUGCGUGAUUGGUUUGAAACCAUGAUGAGAGUUAAAAUAUGUGUAGUUUUUAUUUUUUAUUUAUUUAUUUUUUUUCAAUAUUUAAUUUGAUGGUAGUGAUUACAGCAUCUUUUGUACUAUAGUAAUGGUCAUAUAUCUUUGUUUGUUAUGGAUAGCUUUUAUUACUUUUAAAUGAAACAUGGAGAUGGUGAUCAGAAGAAAUGCUUAAGGCAUGUUUUACUUAGUGCUGUGUUCAACACUGUCAUCAUGUGUAACUAGGGUUGAUUAAUCUCGAGGUAAAGUUGUCAAAUAAAAUAGCCUUUUUUUUCUUUUUCUUUUUUGGGCAUCAUUUGCUAUGGGAUUUCUGAUUACCAUGUCAUGAAUUGGAAUUCUCAUCUAGUAUUUACUUUUAGAGAGUUGAAUUUCUGAUAUUCUUAGUUGGGUAAAACUCCUUGGAAAUGGUUGUUAAUUUUCUUAGGCCUCACACACACGGUGAAAUGGGGAAGUACAAGGUAGGAUAUUGGAACUGAUGUUACUUUUUGGCAGCGGAAUUUGAUUUUUGUAAUUUUGGGAUGUUUUGUAUUUGAAGCUUUCUUCCUUGUGUAAUACUGGGAAAGUAUCCGCCUCAUGUGGGAUUUCUCCUUGUUAUAAAUUUGAACUUGUAAUGGGUGGAUGAACCGGGUAACUUUAUUGGAGGGGGGAAUCAUUACAUUCUAAUAUUCUUGCCUUAGUUUUAAUUUA